AAUUCCGACAAGCUUCAACCUUUUAGUUACGCUCGUUGGCUCUUUUAACAACUUAUACAAACUUGACCAACAACUAAAAUAUAUAUAGAAAUAUUCUCUCCUAAAUGUCGAUAUUUUUCACCCGGGACUUCUUGUUCCCUGGUCACGUACUUUAUAGCUGUCGCGUUACUGUUAUACAUUGCUCCACCAUAUUCAGGGUCUCCCCUACACAGAGAGGCUGCGCGCAUUGCGUCACAGAGGACACGUAACGGGACGGUACUGGAGAAGACACACAGACCGACACUAGGACCGGCUGAGCGGGGAUAGGAAAGCGGAGAUAGUAGGACCGGACCAGUUUGGACGCGACUGACUCCCUGCAGAGAGGAGGCCUGAAACUAUCGAUUCCUGCACAGUGUUGACACAGAAGACCAAAUAUAGAAAUGGUGUUUAGAGGCACAAUAACAGAUGCUCCGGACUUUGAUCCUGCUGUUGACGCGGAGACCCUUUACAAUGCUAUGAAAGGCUUCGGCAGUGAUAAAGAGGCCAUUUUGGAUCUUGUCACCUCAAGAAGUAAUGCACAGAGGCAGGAAGUCAUUGCAGCAUACAAGUGCAGCUAUGGAAAGGACCUGAUCGAGGAUCUGAAGUAUGAGCUGACAGGCCAUUUUGAGCGUCUCAUCGUCAGUCUGAUGAGGACAUCAGCCUACCACGAUGCCAAAGAAAUCCAUGAUGCUGUCAAUGGAGCUGGAACAAACGAGAGAUGCCUUAUUGAAGUCAUGGCAUCCAGAACCAACAAACAGACUCAUGAUAUGGUUGAAGCUUACAAGGAUGCUUAUGGCAGAGACAUAGAAGAGGAUGUGAUUGCUGACACUUCAGGCCAUUUUAAGAAGAUGCUGAUUGUUUUACUUCAGGGGACCAGAGAUGAGUCAGGGGUUGUGGAUGCAGACCUGGUGGAGCAGGAUGCACAAGACCUUUUUGCAGCGGGAGAGGAGCAGUGGGGGACAGACGAGGCCAAAUUCAUCAUGAUCCUGGGAAACCGUAGCGUGACCCACCUUCGCAUGGUUUUCGAUGCAUACGAGAAGAUCGCAGAGUGCUCCAUAGAGGACAGCAUAAAGAGCGAGCUGUCUGGAGACUUUGAGAGGCUCAUGCUGGCUGUUGUCCAGUGCAUCAGGAGUGUUUCCAUGUUCUUUGCCAAACGCCUUUACAAGUCAAUGAAGGGUCUGGGUACAGCUGACAACACCCUGAUCAGGAUCAUGAUUUCUCGCUCUGAGAUAGACAUGUUGGACAUUCGAGAGUGCUUCCGGUUAGGAUAUGAAAAGUCACUAUACAACAUGAUUAAGGAUGACACAUCAGGGGAUUACAAGAGGACUCUGCUGAACCUGUGUGGAGGAGAUGAUGACUUAGCUGGAGAGUUCUUUCCUGAAGCUGCUCAGAUAGCCUACAAGAUGUGGGAAUUAAGUUCCAUGACCAAAGUCCAGUUAAGACCAACAAUCCGUCCUGCAUCCAGUUUCGACCCAGCCGCUGAUGCACAAGCCCUGAGGAAAGCUAUGAAGGGAUUUGGAACAGAUGAAGAUGCAAUCAUUGACAUUGUUGCACAGAGAAGCAACGCUCAGAGGCAAGAGAUCAGACAGACCUUCAAAUCCCUCCUUGGAAGGGAUCUGAUGAAAGACUUGAAGUCUGAACUGUCGAAGAACUUGGAGAGGUUGAUCAUUGCGCUCAUGUUGACCCCUGCAGAGUUUGAUGCCAAAAUGAUGAGGAAGGCAAUGGAGGGCGCUGGGACAGAUGAACAUAGCCUGAUCGAGAUUCUUGUCACCAGAAGCAACGAGGAAAUACAUGCCAUGAAUGCAGCUUACCAGGACGCCUACAAGAAGUCUAUGGAGGAAGCCAUUCAGUCUGACACAUCAGGCCACUUCUGUCGCAUUCUUGUUUCUCUGGUGCAGGGUGCAAGAGAGGAGGGCCCUGCUGACAUGGAGAGAGCCUCUUCAGAUGCUCAGGAUCUUGCCGAUGCAUGCAAUGCAGAGUCUGAUGACAUGGAGAUGAAGUUUAUGAGUAUUCUGUGCACUAGAAGCUUCCCCCAUCUUAGAAAAGUUUUUCAGGAGUUUGUCAAAUGCAGCAACAAGGACAUUGAACAGAUAAUUAAGAAGGAGAUGUCAGGAGACGUCAAAAAUGCCUUUUAUGCUAUAGUUCGCAGCGUAAAGAACAAGCCCUCUUAUUUUGCAGACCGUUUGUACAAAGCCAUGAAGGGUCUUGGCACAGACGACAGAGCCCUGAUCCGCAUCAUGGUGUCCCGUAGCGAGAUUGACCUUUUCAACAUUCGCAAAGAAUUCAAGGAAACACAUGACGCCUCUCUUCAUGAAUUCAUCCAGGUAGAAACUAUGCUCGGUGACACCUCAGGAGACUAUCGUAAAACCCUGCUCAUACUCUGUGGAGGGGAAGACUAAACUUUCUCACAUCUGCAGCUGUUUGCUGACUUCAGUUCAAAAAAAACCUGAGACAAGCCUGAUUGCAGGAAACUGUUGGUGAUUGUCAAUAUCUAACAUCAAGUCCUGCCACUCCUCAGCCAAACCAUGUGACCUUUGACCUUCCAAAGUUAACAGCUACGUUUCUGCUUUUAUGUUUAAUCGUCCUGCAUGUCAGGAUGAUGUUUUUUCUUUUUUUACAGAGUCAAGUAUGUAACAAAAACAUGUUCACGUUAGUGUGGAAUGGUGCUCCACAUGUACCGCAUACUGUAAAAUUAGAAAGUCGGCUAGUGCCUUCAGAUUUCAGGCCGUCCAUCAAUGAUUGUGAUUGUAAGGUAUCAUAUACUGUAUACCUGAAUAAAAAAUCAUGAAAAA